CGACCUUGAAACCUUGCUUCUGAGAUCUCCCAUAUAUCACCAACUCUAGAUAUCCAAAGCGCAAGGUCAAGGUGUUCAUAGGAAUGAGGUACAAACCUGGGGAUUGAGGAUUUCAACAUGUUUUCUUCAAAUGGCCCCAAGAAGCCGCCGCCGCAGCAGGUUAGUACAUCUUUCCUACUUUGUACUUUUCCGACCCCGACUUGUACUAACCUCCCCUCCAACCCCGAGUUACAGAGCUGACUGCAGCUUCUGGCGUAGGAAAUGGUACAGGUUGGUUAGUUCAUGCCCUUUGAGCAACGAGGUGUCCUUUGCUAUAUCAAGAAAACGAGGCUGACCUUUGUGUACUGUAGAGAGAUCCGAGUAUGUACUACUACCCCGCGCAUCGCAUUCCAAUUCCUUCCAAUUCGACAAAAUGACGAACAUGUACUGACGAGGCUUCCAGAUCAGCUUCGCCUUUCUGGCGAGGGAGAAGUUCAGAAGCCAGAAGAAACACAUCUCCGCAGAAACGGGACCCAGGGCUGGUCGUGGGCGCUUCAUAUUCGCAUACGGAUCUAUUGAAGAUUGACAAUCUGUAUGUUAUAUACCAAGGACUCCUUGCAUGGAAACCCAAAAGCUGAUGUACGACUCAGGUCAUUGGCUUCAAGCUCAGGACGACCUCGAACACCUCCCCCGUCUUCGUUGUAUAAGACACUCAGUGAUACCCCACCUCUAAGUAGACGAGGGGGUGCGAUUUCCUCCCCCCCUCGAAGGACAUACACAGACUUUCUGUCGCACACGAAUAAUGAUUGGGACACGCAGGAUGAUGUUGACGAAGAUGACGACUAUGGUUACGAUAAUGACGACGGGGAUGAUUUUGGGUUACCCAGUAUGUCCAGUAUGAAAAGGAAAACAAAAAAGGCCCCCGCGAAGAACAACCCAGAUUUCGUAGGGAAUAUGGCUCCCUUUGGACAAAGCUUGGAGGGAGGAUAUGGUGGUUUCGGACCCCGUCGACUUUCAAAUAGUGCAGAUAUUGCCAUUGAAAGACCUGCGCCAAGUUAUCCUGUUGCAAAGAAAAGCGAGGGAAAGAUACUGAGGCCUCAAUAUAAGGAAAUCUUAAGAGACCCAGCAAAUUCUCUACAUCUCAUCAAUCACGCUCCAAUACACCCAGAUUCUUCAACCAAGGAGGUGGAUGUUCAUAAUUCGCGUAUAAGUCGGAUUAACAAGUUCAAAAAGAUAUUACAAGCCACUUCGAUACCACUAACUGAGCUCAGAUCUGCAGCUUGGUCAGGAGUUCCCGAAGAAGUGAGAGCAAUGACAUGGCAGCUAUUACUGGGGUAUCUUCCCACAAGUAGUGAGAGGCGUGUAGGGACAUUGGAGAGAAAACGGAAGGAAUAUCUCGAUGGAGUUCGACAGGCCUUCGAAAGGACCAGUAACACUUCUGCCUCAGCUGGGAAAGUUAGAGGGUUAGACGAAGCAGUAUGGCAUCAAAUUAGUAUUGACGUACCACGUACAAAUCCCCAUUUAGAGCUUUACAGUUACGAGGCUACACAGCGGUCACUGGAGAGAAUCUUAUAUCUCUGGGCUGUACGGCAUCCUGCAAGUGGCUAUGUACAAGGGAUUAAUGAUCUUGUAACACCAUUUUGGCAAGUUUUUCUUGCGAGUUAUAUUACCGACUCGGAUGUGGAGAGUGGGAUGGAUCCAGGGCAAUUACCAAAGCCCGUCUUGGAUGCAGUGGAAGCAGAUUCCUUCUGGUGUUUGACAAAACUACUGGACGGGAUUCAGGAUAAUUAUAUUUUUGCCCAGCCGGGGAUUCAACGACAGGUUGCGGCGCUUCAUGAUCUUACCGCGAGGAUCGAUCAAGCGCUUGCGAAACACUUGGAGCAGGAGGGCGUGGAGUUUAUUCAGUUUAGUUUCCGAUGGAUGAAUUGCCUCUUGAUGCGUGAGAUUAGUGUCAGGAACACUAUCAGAAUGUGGGAUACAUAUAUGGUUAGUCCUCUUACCCUCUUUCUCAUCCCCUUUUCCAAACACUGACCCUCAAAUUUCCCAGGCUGAGGAACAAGGCUUCUCCGAAUUUCACCUCUAUGUCUGCGUCGCCUUCCUGGUGAAAUGGUCGGAGAAGCUAAGGAAGAUGGAUUUCCAGGAGGUCAUGAUGUUCCUGCAGGCCCUGCCGACGCGGGAUUGGGGCGAGAAAGAUAUCGAGUUGUUGCUUAGCGAGGCGUUUAUCUGGCAGAGUUUGUUCAAGGGGUCCGCGUCCCAUCUGAGGGGUGGGAGUGAUAAGACGCCUUCGAAUACUUCGACGGGAGGCUUUUUAGGUAGCUAAAGCUAAAAUGGAAG